AUGUACUCCAGCGACGUUCUCCUGCAGCAGCUAGAGCAAGAGAAACGAGCAAUAUGGAGCGCACAUCCAUCCGAGCAAAGUCGUCAGCGAGCGUGGCUUGAGCGGAAGGCUCAAUUGCUUUCAUACCUUGCAAGAGACUCCUCAUCGUCAGCGCCUCCCACCCAGGUAUGUUCGCCAGGUUCAAGCCCAGUGGCACCGACGGCGACAUCGUAUCCAUCUAACAAUCGCCAGUCAGCGAACAAGCAAAAGACAAACGAACUCGCCCCAUCAACCUCACAUAGCAAUGCCGCCACGAACAUGGCGCGGUCGACGACCGCAUCCUUUACGACUACAACGCCACUUAAUGAUGCACCCAGUGUACAGCCAAGUCAUCCGCGAGCUCCCAGCAUGUCUACAAGCGCCGGUCUACCCUGUCGCGCCGCACCCUCGAAACGAUCAACGCAGCACGUCGAAGCCCUAGUGUACGAUCCGGCCACUUUUGUCUCCCGACUGGAAUCAAGUCAUCAGGUUGCCUUGCCAAUCGCAGCAAAGCGGCAACGAGUCGGUGGCUCUAAUGUAAGCCAAGAACUGCUCUUAGGCGCCUCGCAUCUUGCAGUAAGCAACGCCCACUUACCGCCUCUGCCGCCAUUCGACACCGCGGCAAUCGCAAUGGUGUCACCGAGUACCAGCAUGUCGAGUCAGCCGUCGCUGCAGUCACUCACUUCGAGCGAGGCCAUGUCGCGGCAGAGUAGUGUCACCUCGACAUCGGUGGCUGACGCUUUCGACAUGAUGCGCGUUGAGUCGUCUUCCACCACUCGCUCUCAGCAGUCUGAUUUCGUUCCCUUCCCUCUCUACAAUGAAGAAGAUUUCUUUGGCUUGGAUGCUUCAUUUGUUUCAGAAGCACCUACCGAGAAGCCUUGUAGUAGUCUCGUGCAGACUCUGCCUGGCUUUGAUGAUGGUAUGUAUGAAUGCAGUAGUGGCGUGCAGAUGGUGAGCAGCAUGGGUGCUGGGUUUGUUGGUCAACAUCCUUCUGUCUUUGAGUCUUUUCCUAGUGCGAGUUGUGGUCGAAGCGAUUAUGCUCAAAAGGCAGACGAACCAACCGAGCAGGCACAUGACAUGAAAUGCAGCCUGUCCGACCAAAGCGAUUCAGCCACAUCGCCACUGUUUGCGGACCCGAUGACUGCCAAGGCGGUCGAACGGCGCCGCAAGCAUAUCGAGAACGGCAGACAAAGCAUUGCCCCCAAGACCAUACCGCAAGGACCAAGAUCGACCUCGACGCUCGGGUCGUCGGUUCCCUUGCAAACAACCAGACUGUACGAAUACCAGCGGCGCAAGGCAGCAAUCAGCAGAACACCUUACGUCCGACGCCAACCACCCAAGCUUCGCUGUACGCUCUGCAGCGAACACCCCGGCGGUUUCCGCGGUGAGCAUGAGCUCCGACGACACUAUGAUCGCGCCCACGCCGAGACCAAACGCGUCUGGAUUUGCGUUGAGCCCGCAGCUGGUGCAUCAGCGACGAAAGAGGGAUGGUGGCCCACUCGUCCGUUGGCUAUUUGCAAGCAGUGCAAGCACCACAAGACGUACAAUGUAUACUACAAUGCGGCAGCUCAUCUGCGGCGGAGCCAUUUCUGCCCGCGUAAGCGUGGACGCAAGGCAAGAGGUGAGGAGCGGGAGAGUCGGGCGGGGAAAGCAGGCGGUGAUUGGCCGCCGAUUGAAUGGCUGAAGGCGAAUGGGUGGCUGCAAGAGAUUGAGCUGCCCACAGCACAAGCCCAGGUGAUGGUGCCGAAUGAACAUGACAUGGCCGCCGCCGCCGCCACUUUGGACACCCAGGAUCUCGAGGAAGAAGAGGAUGACGAGGUAGAGGAAUUGCACAACGCCGAUCUUGCCGCCGGUACAUUGGGCUUGAAGAUCUUCCCUGCCUGCCCGCCGUCGACUCUCGACUUCAGCUUCGGUCUACCAACACCGAUCGAUACCAACCACCAUGAGGAUGGCAUCCAGGAUCACUAUCUCCACGCCCCGGCAAUGGCGCACGCCGUCAGCGCACCGCCUGCGCUACGUACCGCGUUCGACUCCAGCAUUUUGUACGAUGACCGCGGAUUUCAAUUCUGA